GAUAUCAAAUUAACUACUAAACAAUUAACAAUGGCCGACGCUGGACGCAAAGAUUUCUCUCAACAAGCUAAGGAAUCCCUUAAGCCCGAUUCCCAAAAGACCUACACCGAACAAGCCGGUGAACAAGUCUCCUCCGGUGUUGACCGUGUCCAAGGUGCUGUUCUUCCCAACUCUGAGAAGAGCGCUCACCAAUCCGCUUUCGAUAGCGCCAGAGGUAACAAGGACGAUGCCAAGCACGGUGAAGGCAUUCUUGACAAGGCCAAGGACAAGCUCGGUCUCAACAACUAAAUAUCUGUUAAAUACUCGUGUGAUACUGAAUAAUCUUAUUUAAUAUCAACAUUGUCAAAUAAAUUUGUCUAUAUGAUUUUGUAUGAAAAUUCUCUGUCUUUUC